AUAUAGCAACCGGCUGCAAAGGCCCUACGCGCAUCCAAAGCCAGCAUAGGCCCAUCUGAAUACUCAAUCACGAUGCAUCUAUUCACUUACAACACAACUGCCGUCUUACUAGCUUCUGCGGCGGCACAGUCUCUCGGAGACGUCCUAGCCAAGCAUGGCUCGACUUCAAUGCUUCACGGCCUCCUUACAAACCUGAAGCUCAUGGGCACCUUCGAGAAGGCACAAAACUCUACACUCCUGGCUAUGACCGACGAUGCGAUCAUCUAUCUCGCAAAAUGGGGCCUGAAUCUCACCUCCAUGGACCCAGACAUCGCCAGGGGAAUCUUGCAGUACCACUUCCUGGAGGGCUCUUACCUCUCAUCGGCUCCCGCGAUUCACACAGAGACUCAGCUCGCGCGUUCAUCCCUGAAGCCUUCGUCAGGCCUCACGAACAUCUCCAAGGGUGCCGUCGUCAAGUUGACAGCGACCUGCGAUGGCUCAAACAGCCUCCGCGUGGAAUCUGGCGACCAGAAAAUCAUACACACGGUUGAGACAGACAUUCCCCACGCAAACGGCGUCAUUCACACAAUUAACCAGGGCCUGGUUCUCCCCCGUAGUCUAUCAGAGACAAGCAGUCUGGGAGAACUCGAUGGGUUCUGGAACACAGUCACCAAAAGCGGCAUGGACGGUGAAUUCGAGAAGCUCCGCGACGUGACCGUCUUUCUCCCCAGUAACAAGGCCGUCUGGAGAGGACACUCGAAGUUGAAAUCUCUAGACACCGAGGCACUCGAGACACUCAUCAAAGACCACGCCGUUCCGAACCAUGUCUUGUUCCAUACGUGUUUCCCGCGAGAGCCGAGAAUGGUGACGACGUUGAGCGGCAAGAAGAUUUCCAUCAGCGGCGAUUCCAAGGGGCGUAUUUUUGUUAAUCACAAGAUGGUGGUGAUGCAAAAUGUGCUCAUUAACGGUGGAAUUGCUCAUGUUGUCGACGAGCUGCUGUCACUAGAGAUAGAUCCUGACCACGACUCUUCUCCCGGCACCAUUGGGGCCCCUUGGGGCUUACGUGAAGAUAUCGCCCGAGCCGUCGUUGGGCUCACUGUCAUCUCAGGUGUCUUCAUCAUUGGCGUUAUCAAAGCCGUGAGAUGGAGAGCCGCCAAGAGGAAGGCCUUUUUGCAUUACGAGCCACUGCCGACCACGCCAAGUGUGGUUUGGGUGGUUCCCAAGUAGAUGGAUAUAGGUACGGUGUUUAUCGGAGACAGGGAAAAGAGUCGAAGAUGUGGAACCGUAACGUGGAGGGGCUUAGUCUAUGGUUUCUCCCGUAGAGGCGCAGUUGUAUGGCAAUACAUCUCUUUAGAAAGCCACGGCGUGAGCAAA